AAUUUGAUCUGGGCGCUUAGCGACGGAGGCUUACUAACAAAUAAACAACAUGGCAUCGACAAUAAUUUCAGCAAAAAUGCCUCCUCUCGUUGAUCCUACGCGUUCUACGCAAGCUUACGGGGAUAGAGCCCUUCCUCGAAUGAAUAGAGAACUACAAGCAAAAGAACUACUAACUAGACAGCGUAGUUUGAACGCUCUUUGCGAUUAUUUACACGAUCCCGAACAUAUAGCAUCUGCCCUAAGAGAAGGUAUACCAGAAAGCCUUAAGCGUUUGUUGUACGAUGGUGAUGAUAUGAUUAGAGCAAAGACUACUGAAUGCCUAUAUAUAUUGUCAAGCCACGCUAUCGGUAGGGAUGCAAUUUUGGGUUGCGAACUUGUAUUGAGCUUGGCGAGAGCAUUCGAAGACAAAGAUAUGGCUACUAAAGUAAAUGCUCAUAAAGCUAUUGAAAUGCUAUCGGAAACGCCUCAAGGAGCUGAAGGAAUUGUCGAUGCUGGCCUAGUUCCCACUCUGGUCAAAACUCUAACGACAACAACCGAUAAUAUAAAAUCUAUAGUAUUGGAUACCCUGCAUUUUUGUAUGCUUGUACAAACAGAACAAGUAUUAGCGAAUGAAGGUAUGGAAAUUUUGAACAAAUUACUUUCCCACGAAUUACCUUUAAUAAGACAUAAAGCUGCAAGAGAUAUGAUGGAUCUUAGCGUUACGUUGGCUGGUAAGAAUAAGGCAGUAGAAGUUAAAGCUCCCCAAACCCUGGUUCAAUUAUUAUCCGAUGAGAACACCGAAGUCAGAGCAAUGGCCGCUGCAGCAUUAAUGAUAAUUACAAUCACCACAAAAGGCAAAUAUACUGCUUUAGAAUUUAACGCAAUAGAAUCACUUUUAAAUCUAUUGGAAGAUGAAUGCAGUGAAGUUAGAGCAAACGCUCUAAAGGCUCUAACUUGUUUGGCCGAAGCACCAGAAGGAAGGACAGCUUUAUUAAAAGAAGUAGAAAGGGUCAGAGACUUAAUGAGUGACCCUGUACCCAACGUUGUUAAAGCCGCGACAAUAGCGGUUAAAGUUAUCACAUGGAAACCCUAA